AUGAAGGAUACUUUGCUCCGGUUCUCGGCUGUCAUUGGCAAUGCUUCAACUCGAUCAACUCAGUUAUACGACGGUGAUGUAUCCCAUCCUCUUCAGCUCUGUCACUUUGAAACUAGAGCAAGCAAUAUUUGUAUUGUAAUCUUGUUCAAUGGCUAGAACCCUAUUAAAUUACGUGCAGAACCUGCACAAAACGAAGUAAGAAACCUAACAGAUGUACCAUGUUUUUUUGACAGUUAGAUGUACCAUGUUAGUGCAGCAAUUUCCAAGUAUUGAACAGAACAUUCUCUAAAAAGUAUUUCCACUUCUAGAGGGGGAAGGGGGAUUACUGUUCAUGAUCAAUAUCAGAUCAAUGUGAGCCACCCGAUAAAACCCUGCUAUUGUUGAGUUUGGGGAGGUCCUAAUAUAAGCAAAAUAGUGAGUAGUGCUAUAUACAUCCUCUAGUUGCAACAUUUGUCUUUACACGGUCUCCUACACAUAACUCUGACCAUAAGGGCUUUACAAAGGCUUCGCGUCAAACGGUUGAAGGGGGCUUACCAACGCCCUCAAACUUCACAGGAAUGCCAAGCUAUAUCAAAUUACACUGACGUAAGCUAAUUAAACUCCCAAAAUUAUCCAAAUCACCCACAAAAUUUCAUAGGAAUGCCAAGCUAAUCAAACUAAUUUCACAGGAUUGUCAAGAUACACUGAACUAUUAAGUAUAAGCAAAUUUCACAGGACUGCCAAGCUAAUCAAACUCCCAAAAUAAUCCAAAUCACCCACAAAAUUCCCAAAAUAAUGUAAGCUAAUUAGCUUUUAACAUAAUUUAAUGUAAGUUAAUUAGCUUUUAUUAGUUUAAAUAAUAGGUUAAUAUGUCACUAAUAAAAUAUGAACAAAUCAUCUAUCUCAUACUUUCUCUUUUUUUUAUAGUUAUUAUAUUUUUCUUAAAUGGAAAUGUCAUAAUAGAUGCUACAUACCAUAAAUCGAUUCCUUUUCAUCAUAAAGAUCUUAAAAUACGAUUGAAAAGUUGGUGGUUUUCCACCUUCUCCUUUAAAAUAUUUUUUCCUUAACAAAUAUUUUUUUAUUCAAAAAGUGGUGAUCCUCUACUUUUUUUUAAAAAAACCCACUUUUUCUAUGUAGCAUGUAUAAAAAAACGGAAGAAGUAUAAAAAUAAACAUUGGGAGAGAGAAUAUGGUGAGUUAUACUAAAAGUGAUGAGUUGAUGAGAGUUUACAGGGAUGUGACGGGUAAAAAGAAGAAAAGGAGAUCGUGAGAAUGACAAAAACUAAAAGACCAACCAACCCAUUGCUCAUGCCGUUAGGCGUUAUCAUAUCAACUACUCCAAACUCGAUGUUCGGGCCACAUCUCGGCCAUUAAGAUACCAGGAAAGAAAUGAAUAAAAUAAAUCCAAUCCCCCAAUGUGUCAUCUUUGUCUGUGAUGAUAACAUUGGUCAUUUGACUAAUUGGUGAGUUGUGUGUACUUUGUAGCAAUGUCCAGAAAACAUGAACAUAAAGAUGAACAAGAGAAGUACACAAAAUCAACACUGCAAUUCUUGGAAGACCUUGGCAGAUCUAUCAAACCACCUGAUAUCUCCGAUUCAGUUGACUUUUUGUCAGAACUCAUAAGCAGUCUUUUAAAGGUUGAUCACAUUUCUAGAGGUCAUGUCACUUGUUCAUUCUCCGUCAAACCUUCUGUUGCCAAUGCCUACGGGGGACUGCAUGGAGGAGCAGUGGCAGCUAUCGCCAAAAGACUAGCCACAGCGUCUGCACGAACCAUAGUAGCAGAGGUGAAGCCGCUGUUUCUCGGUGAGAUGAGCAUCUCCUACCUUUCUGCUGCUCCAAUAAAUACCAAGUUGAUUGCUCAUGGAACAGUACUGAGGAGUGGGAGAAACUUAACAGUAGUAUCAAUUGAAAUCAGGCUACAAGAGACUAAGAAGCUGCUCUACACAGCUCAAGUUACUUUUUUUCACUUGCCUGCAGCAAAAUUAUGAUUAGAUAAUCCAUUUCUUCUUUGGAGUUCCACUAAUUUAUUGAAGUAUAAAAUAUAUAUAUAUAGAGAGGAGACCUUGUAACUUUUAAGCUCCAAACUUGCCAAAAUACUCUCCAUAGAUGAAUAUUGCAAAAUUAUAUGUUAUGUUGAUGCAAUUCAAGUUGGAAUUCCUCUA